ACUUAUGUGUGCUGAAAAUCAAUUUGCUUGGCAACCCAAAAAAGGCUAGAAAGGAUAUCAAAUGCUUCUGUUUUGAUAAGGUUAUUGAUUCCGACUUAACAAAUUAUAAGGACUUGGUUGAAUCAAUCAUAGAGCAGUACUCGCCUCGUUAUUUGGAAGUUGCACAUGUUCAGUAUUAUGAUGAUGUUCUUAAAAUCUACCCUGAAGUAACAUCUGACCAAGAAUUGGUGUCGAUGUUUGAGAAACACUCUAAGACAAAGGUUGUGCACAUGUUUGUUGCUUAUUGUGAUCCAUCGGAACCAUAUGAGCCUAUAACGGAGUGGCAUAGUGAUGCGCAUAGCCAACCUAACAACAUAGAACAAGAUGAUGAUGAUGAUUAUCUUCGCAACCCAGUACCUGAGAAUGAGCAUGUUGGUGUUGAUGAGGAAAAUAUUUAUUUAGAGGAUGAACCUGUACCUCUUAUCAUGGUUCCUUGUUCCAACAAAGAAAAGGACAAAGACUAUGUUCCUGAUCAUGAGAGCGAGGCUGAGAGCGAGGUUGAGAGUGAGGAUGAGAGCAUGUCAGAGGUUGAAGUAGAGGAAGAUGAGGAAUAUCACGAGGCAGAUCAUGCACCACACAUUGAAUAUAAUAAAUUAGAUCCUCCAAUGAACGAAGGAAGAAAAUAUCCCAAUAUGGCAGAGUUUAAAUUGGCGCUUUCUCAGCAUGCAAUCAAACAUGAAUUUGAGUUUGACACCGAAAAGAGUGCACCACAUAGGUUCAGAGCUUAUUGUUCAAGAAGGAAUGAAGAUAAGUGUCCAUGGAGGAUAUAUGCUUCUACAAUGGAAGAUGAGUGCACAGUAAUGGUGAGAAAGAACCCUUGUGGUCAUGAUUGCUCUAGUACAAAAAGAAAAAAAGAAGUUGAAGAAUGCAAACAAGCGGUGGAUAUGUGAGCACGUGAAGGACUGGCUAAUUGAGGAUGCAACUCUAGGACCAAAGGCAUUGCGAAAGAAGCUUAAAGAGCAUCAUGGAAUCGACAUCAACUCUAAGAGAGUCUAUAUGGAGGACCACCAAAGAAGAGGGCAAAGACCACCAAAGCAUCAAUUGUGCCUUGCGAGGAUGAUGCUCCAGCAGCCUCUAUGUGCUUUCCGCCAAGCCAAAGCUUGGAACCUACAACUACGAAAAAGAGAAAACAUGAUAACUCAAUUACUGGAGCAUCAAAAAGCCAAAUGUUGGAGAAAAAAACUAAGGAAAAAGGGAAAGGGAGUAAAUCUGGAUCCAGAGUAGCAAAAAGGUAACCUAUGGUUGUUUCCGAAUUUUAUGUUAUGUUAUGCAUUGUUCUAUUGUUAACCUGGGCUACUAUAUGUGAUGUAUGAUGUGCUGCCAUGAAUGUGUAUGUGUAGAUCAACAACUCAGCCCAUUUGUGUGGCCAAUAAGAAAGCAUCUGUUGCUUUGAAAUUACAUGCCAAAAGAAAAGGCAAAGAGGUUGCUGAUAAGUUGCCACACCUUCCUAUGGUGCCACAUGAUAGCGCUGCAAUGGGCACACGUAGCAAAAAAAUGAAUCCUGCCAGCCCUGCAAUGAGCACACGAAGCAAAAGGAGGCUUAGCUUGUGAUUCUCAUUGGAUCCCUUUCCAUAUCAUGGUUCAUUUGGGAAACUUUUGAGCUGUUUAUGUAAUAUAUAUGUGAACCUGGGCUUUUGUAAGUGCUAUAUGUGACCUUCAUGUGUUGUAUUUGACAUGAUGUGAACCUGGACUAUUAUAUGUGAACUCUAUGUGAACCUGAAUGUGUGUAGAGGACUAAAUAUGUGGACUAUUUC